CCCAAGUAGUAUAUCAACGUGUGUAUACUCAAAAGCUAAGUCCUCUACAUUGCUCUACAACCUCAAAAAUGUCCAGGAGAUUGCUCUCUUCGUUUCGCACUCUCUCCAGACCUUGUUCAUAUCGUGCUUGCCAAUCGACACCACAGUCGAGAUGCUUCUCACUAUCAAGACCGAUUCGAUUGAUGGAAACGUCUGGCUUCUCGGAUGAGCAGAUGGAUGUCCGUGAUGCCAUUACGAAGAUCUGCUCCAACUUCAACGAUGAUUACUGGCUCGAACACGACCAACAGGAAAAAUAUCCACAUGAACUGCAUGCUGCACUAGCGAAGGACGGCUGGAUCGGAAUCGCCUUACCAGAAAGUCUUGGAGGAGCAGGUCUUGGAAUAUCAGAAGCCACAAUGAUGUUGCAGACCAUCUCUGAAUCCGGUGCUGGUAUGGCAGGUGCACAAUCGAUACAUGCGAAUGUCUAUGCUACUCAACCCGUCGCCAAGUAUGCCACUGAGGAACAACUUCAACGAAUGCUGCCUAAGUUGAUUAGCGGAGAGUGGCGAGCCUGUUUCGGUGUGACAGAACCAAACACUGGCUUAGAAACACUCAAACUCAAAACCACUGCCCUCAAGGAUGGCGACCACUACAACGUGACGGGCCAGAAGAUUUGGAUUUCUUCUGCUCAGGUAGCGACCAAAAUGAUUCUUUUGGCUCGAACCACACCGAUAGAACAGGUCUCCAAACCAUCUGAGGGGCUUUCCCUCUUCUUCAUCGACUUUGACAGAACGCAGCCUGGCCUCGAGCUAAAGAAGAUUCGCAAGAUGGGCGGUCGAGCAGUCGAUGCCAACGAGGUAUUUUUCGACAACUACCGCAUCCCAGCAGACUCUCUGAUCGGAAAAGAAGGCCAAGGAUUCAAGAUUGUGCUGCACGGCAUGAACGCAGAACGCUGCUUGCUAGCCGGCGAAGCACUAGGUCUAGGCUACGCAGCUCUUCGCAAAGCAUCUCAAUACGCAAAGGAGCGCGUCGUCUUCUCCCGUCCGAUCGGCGCUAACCAAGGUAUUCAACAUCCACUUGCUCAAGCUUACAUGCAUCUCGAAGCCGCAAAGCUGUCUACCUACCAUGCGGCACGUCUCUAUGAUGCGUCUGUACAUGAUCCUAAUAUCACUCAACAUGCUAUUGGCGUUGCUUGCAAUACAGCCAAGUAUCUAGCUGCCGAAGCGGCCUUUACAGCAUGCGAAAGAGCAGUUUUGACAUUGGGUGGCAUGGGAUAUGCAGCCGAGUAUCAUGUAGAAAGAUAUCUGAGGGAGUGCUUUGUGCCUAGAAUCGCUCCAGUCAGUAGGGAGAUGAUUAUGAAUUACGUUGCCGAGAAAGCUCUGGGGCUGCCGAGAAGUUAUUAGUAUAGGUUGGAAAGAAUUGAAACGAGAUCUGUAUAGCUCUGAGUCAUCGGGUUUUAUAUUCACUCAAUACACUUGAGAGCAGUGUAUGAUAUGACCUAUGCAAAGUGAUCAGGUCCUACGAACUGGACGGCGUCGAUGUACAAUCAGUGGUAGGUUUGCCUUGAUCGUCAUGCGUGUGCAGGAUCAUG